AAGAAUAGCGUGAUUUAAAAUGUGCAUGUAGUACUAAAGCUGUCAAUAAUUAAAACAUAAAUUUUCGCGGAUCAAAAGCUAUAGCUAAUUUAUUAUUAACGCGCCUAUUUCAUUACUAUUAUUAUUAUGAGACUGUCGCCAUAAACAUCUUACAGAAUAGAGAAUCAAGCUUUAAGAAUAAUAAUUAUUGAAAUGAAAACUCAGCUUAUGAUUUAUCAAAGUAUUAGUCGUAAUAUAGACAUCAGACAAAAAUGAAUAUUCUAAAAAGCCGUCACUUUAGAGAAUUAAAGGUCGUACUCACCCUUUUCGGACAAUGGCCUUCUCAGUCACCCCUACAACAAUACUGCGCACGAUUUGUCGUAUUGUCGGCAAUUUUCAGCAUACUGACACCAAAGAUGAUUAAGUUUUUUGAAGUAAUCAGAGAUAUAGAUGGAGUUAUCGAAUGUCUACCUAUGAUAUUUGUUCACCUUGCAAGUCUCACUAAAUAUUUAAACUGGAUAUUCAAUGCGGAUAAGUUUAAAAAGCUUCUGGUUCUUAUCGAACGUGACGGAAAGACUUUGGAAAUUUAUCAAGAUGCUGAGAUUAUGACGGAAUGGUUAAAACGUAUGAAAAGUAUUACGACCGCUUACACAACUGCCAUGUUUUCAAUCCUCGCACUGUAUCUCGUAUCGCCAGCAGUCCCGAAAAUAAUGGAUGCAAUCAGUCCAUUGAAUGAAUCUCGUCCUCUGAUAUACUUGUACCAAACGGAAUAUUAUGUUGAUCAAGAAGUAUAUUACAUUCAUAUACUGAUACAUGCUUACAUGACUGUUCCAAUUUCCGUAGCUGUUCUCGUAUAUUUUGAUAUUUUACUUGGAACACACGUACACCAUGCUUGUGCUAUGUUCAAAGUACUCAGAACAUAUUUAGAAACAAUACAUGUCGAUAUUUAUAACACACAACUGAGUGAUGAAGUAAUAUCUAAUAAAAUUUAUAAAAAAAUCAUGCGGUGUAUUGAUAUGCACAGAAAUACAUUAGAAUUUGCCAAUGCCCUAGAAUCAUCUUACAAUAUUGCUUGGCUUAUUUUACUGACUUAUUGUCUAAUAGCGCUUACUUUUACUGGAAUGGCGACAGUAAUGAAAUUAAAUCAAACAAGUGAAGCAAUUAAAUUUAUAGCAUUUUCCAUAGGCCAUGUUUUUCAUCUUUUUUUCACGAGUUUUCAAGGACAACUGCUUAUAGAACAAAGUGAAGCGGUUUUUUAUUCAACUUAUUUAUCCGAGUGGUACAAUAUACCGGUUUUUUAUAAAAAACUUCUAAUUCCAAUAAUGAUGAGAAGUAUGACGCCAUGCAGAAUAUCUGCUGGAAAAGUGUAUAUUCUGUCUCUGGAUACAUUCAGUUCAGUAAUUCAAAAGGCAAUGUCUUUCUUCACGGUCCUUUCCUCAAUGUGUUGAAAGCAACUGGCAAUACUAUUUGAUAAAAAGUGAUACUAUUGUUUUUAUUGUUACUGUAUAAUUCUUAAAAAUUAUUUUAUAAAAAAAGAUAAUAAAUAAA